GCGACACACGGGGAGCGCCGCCCCCAGGAGCUGGCGAGCCCACGCCGCAAAGGCUCCUGGAAGUUGUGGUCCGUCCCUGCGGCCUCUGCCCGCUCGCCCGCCCGGCGCCUAGCAGGGCUCAGAUAGCUGCAUGCCCCGGGUCUGUCCCCCCGUGCCGUCUCCGGGCGCUUUUUCAUCUGCGGCGACUGUUCGGCUCCCUCUCUGCGUGGGAGGGAUGGAUGGGUGGGAAAGGGCGCGGAGCUACUCCUGGUAGAACUACAACUCCCGGCGUGCACUGUGCUACGGAGAACUAAACGGGGCGGGGGAAGGUAGGCGAAGAUGGCGACUGCUAAGCGGAGCCGGAGGGGAGGUUGAGAAACCUCUCUCAGGCAUUUUAACAGGGAAGUGCUGCUGUAGUUUACGUCUGAAGUGGAAGCAUCCUGUGAGACUCUGCAGAAUUUAGCAUCCCGAACAGUGGCACUUGGGAAGGUCACGGUACACAACAGAAAAAUGUUAACUCCAGCAACAAAGUUUCUUAUGCUUUGCAAAAUUGAAGACAUCCCUGAUUAACAAUGCCUGGCAGAGUUUGCUGCUGCUGUGCUGCGCUGCGACCUCGCUACAAGCGUCUGGUAGACAACAUAUUUCCUGAAGAUCCAAAAGAUGGUCUUGUUAAAGCUGACAUGGAGAAACUGACUUUCUAUGCAGUUUCUGCACCAGAGAAGCUGGAUCGAAUUGGGGCUUACCUGGCAGAGAGACUGAGCAGGGAUGUGGUCAGACAUCGCUAUGGUUAUGUUUUAAUUGCCAUGGAGGCACUGGACCAACUUCUAAUGGCUUGCCAUUCUCAAAGCAUAAAGCCGUUUGUGGAAAGUUUCCUUCAUAUGGUGGCCAAGCUUCUGGAAUCAGGAGAACCAAAGCUGCAAGUCCUUGGGACUAAUUCUUUUGUCAAAUUUGCCAACAUUGAGGAAGACACACCUUCAUAUCACAGACGCUAUGACUUCUUUGUGUCCCGGUUCAGUGCCAUGUGUCAUUCCUGUGACCCUGAUCCAGAAAUACAGAAUGGGAUCCGAAUUGCUGGAAUCAGGGGCAUCCAGGGAGUGGUUCGAAAAGCAGUUAACGAUGAACUUCGAGCAACUAUCUGGGAACCUCAGCACAUGGACAAGAUAGUGCCAUCAUUGCUUUUCAACAUGCACAAAAUAGAAGAUGUUGACAGCAGAAUAGGCCCCCCAUCCUCUCCUGCAGCAGGAGUGAAAGAAGAAAAUCCUUCUGUGCUGGCUGAGAAUUGUUUCAGGGAGCUACUGGGACGAGCAACCUAUGGAAAUAUGAAUAAUGCUGUCAGACCGGUUUUUGCGCAUUUAGACCAUCAUAGACUGUGGGAUCCUAAUGAAUUUGCUGUUUCCUGCUUUAAAAUCAUCAUGUAUUCUAUACAGGCACAAUAUUCCCACCAUGUAAUACAAGAAAUCCUGGGACACCUUGAUGUCCGCAAAAGGGAUUCACCACGAGUUCGUGCUGGCAUUAUUCAGGUUCUUCUGGAAGCAGUUGCAAUAGCAGCUAAAGGAUCAAUAGGCCCAACAGUUCUGGAGGUUUUUAAUACCUUGUUGAAGCACCUGCGCAUCAGCGUUGACUUUGAGCUGAGUGACAGGCGCAGUUCAGCAGGAAGUGCCACUUUAAGCACAAGCUCCAAGGAGAGUGAUGAGAGGAUUGUCCAGAAUGCAAUUAUUCAAACAAUUGGAUUUUUUGGAAGCAAUCUCCCAGAUUACCAGAGAUCAGAGAUUAUGAUGUUCAUUAUGAGCAAAGUACCUGUUUUGGGGACAACUUCAAAAUCGCUGGAUCCCAGUAACCUUGGAGAUUUGGGAACCAGGAGGAUUCAAAUCAUGUUAUUGAGAUCUUUACUUAUGGUGACUUCAGGAUACAAAGCCACCACAAUAAGUAAUGCACUUCCUGCCCCCUUUCUGGACCCAUUGCUGUCUCCUUCACUCAUGGAAGACUCUGAGCUGAGGCAGCUGGUCCUGGAAAUCCUGCACAACCUCAUUGAUCGACAUGACAACAGAGCCAAGCUGAGAGGGAUAAGAAUAAUACCAGAUGUUUCUGAUCUAAAGAUAAAAAGAGACAAGAUUUCAAGGCAAGAUGUGAGCUUCAUGAAAAAGCAUGGUCAGCAGUUGUACAGACACAUCUAUUUAGGCUGCAAAGAAGAAGACAAUGUCCAGAAAAACUUUGAACUCCUGUUUACAUCUCUAGCUCUUACCACAAUUGAACUGGCCAAUGAAGAAGUGGUUAUUGACCUCAUUCGAUUAGCUAUUGCUUUGCAGGACGUUGCCAUCAUCAAUGAGGAUAAUCUGCCAAUGUUUAAUCGUUGUGGUGUCAUGGCAUUGGUUGCAGCAUAUCUGAACUUCCUAAGUCAGAUGAUUGCAGUCCCUGCCUUUUGUCAGCAUGUCAGCAAGGUCAUUGAAACCAGAAGUGUGGAAGCAUCUUAUUUUCUACCAGAAACAAUUUUCAAAGACAAAUGCGAUCUUCCACAAUCCUUAGAGAAGGAUGAAAAAGAUUUAUUUUUCCUGACGAACAAGAUUGCAGAAUCAUUAGGAGGCAGUGGAUACAAUGUGGAAAGAUUGACAGUUCCAUAUGUACCACAGGUAACAGAUGAGGACAGACUCUCCAGGAGGAAGAGUAUUGUGGACACAGUGUCUAUUCAGGUGGAUAUUCUGUCUGGCAACGGCACAGAGGAUAAGAUUGAUAAUACUGAAGAAAUCACCUUUGAAGCUUUGAAGAAAGCCAUUGAUAACAACGGACUUGAAGAACAGGAAAAGGAAAAAAGGCGUCUUGUGAUUGAAAAGUUCCAAAAAGCACCGUUUGAAGAAAUUGCAGCUCAAUGUGAAACCAAAGCAAAUUUGCUUCACGAUAGACUGGCACAGAUACUGGAACUCACCAUCCGUCCUCCGCCUAGCCCCUCAGGAACGAUGACCAUUACUGCUGGACAUGCUCAUUACCAUUCUGUUCCAGUCUAUGAGAUGAAGUUUCCAGAUCUUUGUGUGUAUUAAGUGUCUUCUGAAGUCUGCUGGACAUUAUUUAGAGUAGAGUACAAUAGAAAGAACAAGAUGAGUUUUCAAAUUUUAUUGUUUAUUGUAUCUAACUUUAAUAUAAUGAUAUACAUGAGCCAAAUACAGAUUACUUUAGCCAAAUUAAUGAAACUGUCUUGAAUUGUUUUAUUCUGUAAUAUAUUUUGAGUUAGGUUUUUCACAGACCAUGUUUCUUUAUUUUCAUAUUUGAGUACAUGUAAAAGUCAAAUUUAAAGCUUGUCUUGCCACAUAGGUAAAUAUUGCAGUUACUCUAGGAAUUUGUAUUGCUUCAAAUUCCUUUGAUUUGAGAUAUUGAAACUGAAAAACCUAUUAAAGCCUUUGUUUUUUGUUGUGUUUUUUGUUUGUUUGUUUGUUUUGGGGGGUUUUUUGGUUGUUUUGUUGGUUGUGGGGGUUUUGGUUUGUUGUUUUUUGUUUUGUUUUGUUUUGUUUUUUUUACUCCUCUCCACCUCAAUUCUAUGUUGAACUAGAAUGCUUUUGGCUUGCUUCAUCUCAUUCAGUGUAACCAGUGGAGCACUACCUGAGCUUCCUCUUGUUCAUGCUGUCACAGCUGCUCAACUUGUUUGGUUUGGAAUAGAUGGAAAAAAAAAUACCGUACACGUGUUCAAAUACAGUGAAUGAAUUAAUGGACACUUGUUAAGUAUAUUUUGAUGCAUCACGUAACAUGCUUUUUAGAUAGAUACAUCCAGUAUAUGUCCUGUGUUUCUUGCUAAAAGUUUAAUCUUAAGCUUUGCAUAAGAGAGGAUAAAUCUCUUAAAGCACGAAAUUGUGCAAUAUAUUUCAUGUCUUAAGAUGUAUGGUUUACAGACUGUACUUUCGAAAACUCUGUAGUAUUUUACUGUCUGCUUUAGUAUAAAUACAGGAGAGAUAUAUUUAGUAUAGUAGAAAAUAAAGUGAGGGCAUUUUGAAUCAUAAAUACUGAAACUAUAUUCUAUGAGGCAUUUCUCUGUAGUUUAUAGCAGCUUUUUAGUGAUAUUUUGGAAAUAAAAGAAAAAAAACAAAACUCAAUGAAACCACUUAAAGAUCAAGAGUUUAUUACAUAUAUUUUCAAGCAAAAGCAUUUUUAGACAUGCAUCUCUGUGUUUGUUUUUGUUUCAUUUCUCAAACCUUUAAGGUGACUUUCAUAGGUUUAUGUAUCUGAGCAUAUACUAUUCAAAUGUAAAUAAAGUAAAACUGAUAGAGUAAAUCAUGGACAUUUGAUAAUAGUUGUCAGGGCUGUCUUUAUGACUCACUAAAUCCUGCUGGCAAAAAAAAAAAAAAAAGAAAAGAAAAACACCAUUCAUUGAUGCCAUGAAUAGUAAAUUUGAAGUCUCUUAAUCUGUUUGAAUCUGAGGCAGUGCUAACAUGAAUGAAUGCUCUCAAAUAUCUAUAAUAAAUGUAGACAUUUAAUUGAGUGUUUUGAAUGCAUAGUGAACAUGAAGAAAGUAACCUAACUUCAGUUAACCCUGCUUUGAGCAGGAGCUUGUUUUAGAUAACUUUCAAAAGUCCCAACCUAAAUUAAUCUUUGAUUGGGUAACUCAAAAUCUGAAGGAUUAUGAGCCCUGCUUAUUUGCUGACUGUUUAGAGAAUUUGCAAACUCACUAUAAAAAGGAUCUUAGGUUUUUUGAACUGUAGUACAGUAUUCUACUGGACUACCUUUAAAAGCCUGAUGUGGUGUGACAUCAGAGAAAUAUCAGCUACUUAAACCUAUGAGAUCACAUGCUGAGAGUUUCAGAAGGCAUUCACAAAGCUCAAAAGGUAAUUGAGACCUUCUUUUCAGUUUAACAGUGCAAUCACAGCUGUUAGUGGAUGACGAAACAGCCCCUUAUCUACAGCAUUCCGUUGUGAUUUUUACUGCUGCAGCGUAUCAGCCUGAUCAGACCACAGUCUACACAUAAAUAGGACUCUAGCUUUUAGUUUUCACUUUUUUUUUCUUUUUUUUUUCUUUUUUUUUUUUUUUUUUUAAGGUAAGACUAAUAGUUUUUUGGUCUGUAUAAGGAGUGUCAUUUCUUAAGAAGUAAAUCCAAUCUAGGGAUACAAUGUAAAACACCUACCCACUCUGUCACUUUUUAAAGAAUAUCACUUGGCACUUUUGUACAAGAAGAAGGAGUCUAAGUAAUAAAGAAUGUACUUCUGUUUGCACUUGUGCAGUAUGGAGACUGUGCUGUAAAUACAGGAUUGUUUCUGUGAUUGAAUUCUGUUGCAUGAAUGCUGCAUGUGAAAAAACUAGUUUCAGCAUUUCAUUUUCUGUUCUGUUGAUGAAGUAUUUUUCCUUGAUGGUGAUGGUAGGUUUCCAUGUUUCCAGUGUUCAGUUUGCGAAAUGCAGGUGUUGUGCAGGUGUAGUGCAGGGAGUGAAGAGCUUGUAACACUUUGUGUGUUCACAUGAUAUUUAGUUUCUUCCUUUGUGGAAAUUCAGGGACUCUGUAAGUUGAUUGGUUCACACUGGCCUUUCUAGACACAUGGGAGAUGGGAGUGACUGCAAAAUGUAUUGUUUUGGUAGUUAUUGUUAUAUGAGCCAAUGAAUGAAACCAAAAGAAUUAAGAAUGCUGUUUGUUGUACAGUACAAAGCUGCUUUGUUUCACUUAUCUCUUUAUGUUCUUCAGAUAAGCUGCAGAACUUAAAAGCUCCUUAUGCAAAUUGGCCCUGUGUUAUCUGCAACACACUGAGCACUGUCUUAAUCGUUAUAAUUGGUAUCCAGUUUAAAUGUAUUCCAGCUGUUGCUUGGGGUUCUCUUUCCUAUUAUGUCAUCUUGGAAAAAAAUAUAGCUUUUGGUAGUCAGUCACUUUAAGAUAAAUUAAAUCCAUAUUAAUUUUAAAAGGUAGAAAUAGCCUGUUGUCCAAAAUCAGAGUAGGGCUAAUUUGUCUGUUGUUCCUAUGGUCAUAUAUUCUGUACUGUAUGUAAUGAACUGGUUUCAAUAAAUGUAAGAACACACUGUGCAAUCUAUAUUUAAGCAAUAAACUAAACCAGAAUUUAAAAACUGA